UAGGAGGAUAGAGGUACGUAGGGCCUCCCAACUCCUGGGCUUGUCACCUGUCGCCCCAGCGCCAGCCCUGCCACCAGUGAGUAGUAGGAGUGGUUGUGUCAGUGCGAGCGUGCGCGGCGCACAUAUAUACCGGCCGUGCCCGCCCCCGAUCCAUGCUCUGCACCGUCCCACCACCUCCUCGUCCCGGGCGAAUCGAGGUAGAACGAGCGAGCAGAGUGGUCUGGUGAGGUGGCCGAUUAUGGGGCGAGGCAGGGCACCGUGCUGCGCCAAGGUCGGGCUCAACAGGGGCUCCUGGACGCCGCAGGAGGACAUGCGCCUCAUCGCCUACAUCCAGAAGCACGGCCACGCCAACUGGCGCGCCCUCCCGAGGCAGGCCGGCCUGCUCCGCUGCGGGAAGAGCUGCCGGCUCCGGUGGAUCAACUACCUGCGCCCCGACCUCAGGCGCGGCAACUUCACCGCCGAGGAGGAGGCCACCGUCAUCAAGCUGCACGCCUUGCUCGGCAACAAGUGGUCCAAGAUCGCGGCGUGCCUGCCCGGGAGGACGGACAACGAGAUCAAGAACGUCUGGAACACGCACCUGAAGAAGAAGGCGUCGGAGCAGAAGCCAGGCGUCGGCGGGAGCAAGGGCGAGCCGGCCGACGGAGACCCCGACACGCCCGUCCCCUCGUUGUCUUCGGCGUCCUCGUCGAUGACGACAAGCGAGGGGUCCAACGGCGGCGCCGGGGAGCAGUGCGGCACGAGCAACGAGCCCGAAACGAUGGACGUACCGUCGCCUCUCGAGCUGGAGCUCGAGCCGGUCAUGGACAUCCUGGGCAUGCUGGCCGACGCGCCCACGGAGGCGCUCGCGACGGCGGCGCCAAUGCCAACGUCUUCGUGCUCGUCGUCCUCCCCGACGACGUGCGCCGGGGGCGGCGGCGGGGUGGAGGAGCUGCUCGAGCUGCCGGACAUCGACAUGGACGCCGACAUCUGGAGCAUCAUCGAUGACGAUGUCGCGCGCCUACAACAAGGCGAUGCAACAGUGCCAUGUACGACCAAGGCCAGCCCGGAGGAGGAGGGAAACGAGUGGUGGUUGGCGGAUUUGGAGAAGGAACUCGGCCUGUGGGGGCCCACGGAGGAAUCCCAGCCCCAGGCGGGCCCACACGACCAGAUAGGCUACCCGGGCCAGGACAUGGAAAUGGUGAUGUCCUCCUCCUACCCGCAGUCCAGAUCGGAUCAUGAGGCGUCCAAUUCUGAAUAGAAGGCUGGGAUCCACGGCGGUCCCAUCGGAUGCACGAGAUCAAACAUUACAACUUGGAGAAGUUUUUAACGAAACGUUUGAGUUGCCUAUUUGAUGUCAUUGAUGAUAGAAUGCACAUACAAAUUAAAGGAAUGAAAAUUUAGGUCAAUACAAGGCCAAGUAGCACGAGUACCAUCUAGAUACAUCCAUACCUGCGACAAGUAAUUCGGAACGAAGGAAGUAACAGUUUUUAACCAAAUGUACCAUGGCAUGUAUGCAACAGCACUCCAUGGUUCAACAGCCAGCGAGAAGUGCUAUGCAAACAUGCGUACCGAUGUUGUAUGUCAUUUGGUUACUACAGUUCGUAAUAAGAAAUUGCAACUAAUUUGUACUGUA